AUGUCUACCACAACAGUCAACAUCAUUGAAUGGACCGAAUUUGCAAACCUAUAUGCAAAGGUCAACGGUGUAUCACUUACAACACCUCCUCCUUCUCCCCCAGGACUUGACAACUUCAUCCUCUCUCCUCAAGAUAUUCGCGACACAAUCAGCGCUCGCAAGGGUCACCAUUCAAACAGCAUGUCUUAUACAUGCAACUAUGAACCUACAAGCAGUUAUCCCGUCCUUGAAGGUUUCCCCCCAGGUUUCCCCCCAGGCUUCCCCCCAUCUCCUUCACCUCCCCCUACCACUUCUGUGCCUUCAACGCCUGGUUCAAGUCGACAUUCUUCCCCCCCUGUUACCCCAACUUCUUCGCCUGCUGAUGAUCCCCCAAGUUGGCGCUGCGGUCCUAGGCGGGAAAGGCCUAGGCCCAGUUUUUCGCCAUCUCCCGAUAGGCCCUUCAGCACGUACAACAGGAGCACGUACAAGAGGGCGCCUAAACAGCCAGCCGCCAAAAAGGAUGGAUGUCUGGGUCUUCCGGUCCAAACAUAUGUGCUGACUGAGAUUCAAACUCUCUUGGAGCAUGCCUGCUACACCUUCGCUGAACAAUGGCUCCCACACGUUCUCUUUGAGAACGGAUGGGACUGUCCAGAAGCCGGAGAACUCAACGUGUGGAUGCAUCACUUCAACUUGGAAAGGAUGACUCUGUGUCAUGUUGCCCGAGAACAUGACAUGAAGGAAUCCCUUUCCAAUGUGAUGCAUUCAGCCAAGGAGAUCCGCCACAAUGCUGUCCACCGUAAUAGGGUGGAGAUUAACGAGCUGGCGAUGCAUCUGGACCAUGCUGUGGCUCUCUGCACGAUCCUUGGAGUGCAGGAAGACUUGGCUAAAGUCAAGGCGAUUCGGCACUACGCAAACACCGAGAUCGCCUCCAUACAAGCUGCCAAGCAGGAGGCCGAGAAGAAGAUAAUGCAGUUCAUAAAGAGUCUCUGAGACCAUAAGAGACGAAAUUAUUAGGACAUCUUAUGCUACUAAAACCAAGGCCUUUAGGCUAUUUAUUUUUGUACCCUAAGACUUAGGGGGUCGGUUUUCCU